UUCCUUUUUUUUAAAGCUAAACAUUAGUUAUUUAUUUCCGCUUCUGUUAAAAACUAAUCGAGCAUAAUCUCCGCCACGUUAGGCUUAGUAAAAGGAAUGCUGGAAUGAGUAUGCCACUUUUAAUAUAUGUCAUUAAUUUUUAUCACUUUAUUUCCGUUACAGUUGGGGUGAAGUGUAAUGAAUGCAAACGUUGAGAAACUAGUUUAAUGGAUUUUGAGGUAUAUAACGUAUUUUUCGCUUUUGAGAUAAUAAUAACAUAUUCGAAGUGAAUGUUUCUUUCAUUUUGAAGUGAAUAAUCACAAUGGACCACAUUCAGCAGGCACCUUCCCUGACACUCUUCAUAUCCACCCUAGAAAGGCAGAGGCAUAUCAAGUCAUUCGAAGAUAUGGCGUCACGUUUGGGAAGUUAUGAUAUCCAGACAUAGCAAAUACUCACUCCUCCUCAAAUCCUCAAUAAAUUUAUCUUCUAAUAAUAAUCAUGUUUCACAUACGGACACGCCCAUACCGUCAAAGAUGGAGGGAUCCCAGACUCGUUUUACUUUCAGUGUUCUUUGUUAUCCUUUAUUUCCUUUACAUGGAGAACCACAAAAAGGGAAGUUGUUAUCACAAUCCAUCAUCCUUGAAAAUUUCAGAGCCUAUCACGGUUAUCGAUGUUUUCAAACACUCUCCGAGGCAACUCCUCAGCAAGUAUGAAAACUCGAGCACAAACAGCACCAAUGAUGACCACCCUCAAGCUCAAUUUCCUAGAGAUCUUUUCACAUUGCAACAAAGAAAGCAUGGCGCUGUCGUCCUGCACUGUUUUGGACUCGUUUACAUGUUCGUUGCUCUUGCUAUUGUAUGUGAUGAAUUUUUCGUUCCAGCGUUGGAUGUUAUAACAGUGAAGUUGGAUAUAUCUGAAGACGUUGCCGGAGCAACUUUUAUGGCUGCCGGAGGCAGCGCACCAGAGCUUUUCACGAGUGUCAUAGGGGUCUUCAUCUCUUACGACGACGUUGGAAUAGGGACUAUCGUAGGUUCCGCUGUUUUCAACAUUUUAUUUGUCAUCUCAAUGUGUGCCAUUUUCAGCAAGACAGUUUUAAGCCUAACAUGGUGGCCCUUGUUUAGGGACGUAACAUUCUAUUCCAUAAGUUUGAUCGUAUUGAUUCUCUGUUUCAAAGACAAUGUCAUCCAUUGGUACGAAGCAAGCACACUUCUAACAUGCUAUGCUGCGUACGUCAUUUUCAUGAAGUUCAACGAGCCAACUGAAAAGGCUGUUAGAAAACUUCUGGAUAGGAAUAAAUUCACCCGAGUUGGAAGCAAAGAUCAUUUGAUGAAGAAGCGGCGGGCAAGUACUCCUAUUUUGCACGCAGGAAGCAAGUUUCGCCAUGGCCUAUUGCAGCUCAUGAUUCAUUCGAUUGAUCCAUUACAUGAUGGAAAAUUGGAUGAAAAGGCUUCGCAGUUGCAUGCUAUUGCAUCAUUAAGAGUGCUUCUGGACGCAGCUAAAGCGAACGGGGGUUACCCCAGCGGUGUAAAUGUUCCAGGUGCUGGUGGAUGCUGCUCUUCCUGUGCCUCCUGUAACCAAUGUGUCACCUGUCCUACAUGCCAGAGACCUAUGAUACGUCCUGCCCAAGUUCAAGUGGACAACCCUGUCACCCGUAAUUCUUACAUAGUGACGGCGUCUGAAGGACCCGUUCUCUAUCCUCCCCCAACUAUCGCAGCUGUGGCCUCCACAACCGGUGCCAAAAGGCAGAUUGCUCCGCAGGGGCAGGAUCCCCUCUCGAGUGUCCAGAGCUUGCAAUCUGCAUCCAUGAGGAAUACUUUGGUGAAUGGAUCAGCCAAUGAGCAUGCGGAUAGGAUGGAGGAGACUUCCUUCUGUAGUAGCAACAGGUCCCCGGUGAAAACUAAUCCCGUCAUCAGUACCAUCAUGUCAGACAAUCCGGCCGUUACCAUCAUUCAACCUGGAGUCACACCCAACCCAGCUUCGGGAGAUCCUCAGGAGAUUGUGGCCGCUCUGCAGUCGAAGCCGGAACCGGAAAUCGAAGUGGACGAACCACUGGAUAUCUCCUGGCCGAAGGACAAUAGAAAGCGAUUUACUUACCUUUUGAUGGCUCCCAUCAUAUUUCCCCUUUGGCUAACACUGCCUGACGUUCGAAGAGACGAGAAAAAGAAAUGGUUCUUCAUCACCUUCAUCGGGAGCAUAGUUUGGAUAGCCAUUUUUUCCUACCUGAUGGUGUGGUGGGCGACUGUUGUCGGGCAGACCAUUGGAAUUCCAAAUGAGGUUAUGGGAUUAACAUUUUUGGCUGCCGGUACAAGCAUACCUGAUCUGAUAACCAGUGUUUUAGUGGCUAGAAAAGGAUUUGGUGACAUGGCAGUAUCCAGCUCUAUUGGAAGUAAUAUAUUUGAUGUUACAGUUGGGCUUCCAGUUCCAUGGCUCCUCUCAGCAUUAGCGUUUGGACCUGUGAAAGUGAGCAGUACUGGCAUGGCCUGCUCUAUUAUCAUCCUGUUUGCGAUGUUGAUUUUUGUUAUAGUCUCAAUCGCUAUUUUCAAGUGGAAGAUGAACAUUGGCCUAGCUCUGGUGAUGUUUCUGCUCUAUUUUGCUUUCGUCGCCAUGAGUCUUGUACUCGAAUACGAAAUUGUUGACUGUGCUGCUAUUAUGAGUUACGUCUCUGACUAACUUCUCAGUGGUUUAAAAAUUGUUCGUCUGUUUCUCCAGAAAUCACGCAUAAUGUCCAAAUCCACAAUUUUUCAGUAUUAUAAAUUAUGCAGAGGCUCUUGUGAACAGGAAAAUCACAAGUUUGAAAAGAAUACAAAAAAAUUGAAAAA